AUGCGUCGUCACCUAAAAGUCUUACUGCUGUUCGCCCUCUUGGUCACCUUUGUGACCGCGAAGAAGAAGGAAGAGAAGGAGGAGUCCUCCGAAGAGAAGGAAGAGGAGGGCAAGAAGUAUCACAAGGAGGAACAUAAGGAGAAGAAGCACAAGGGUGAUAAGGGCCAUAAGGAGCAUAAGGAUUGGGAGGAGGGCGAGAAGAAGCAUCAUGAGCAGGAAGACCAUGAACAUAAGUACGGCAAUAAAGGAGGCAAAAAGAAGAAGUACUAUGAUGAGGAGGAGGAAUAUGGUGAGAAAAAAGAACAUGGCGAGCAUAAGAAGGGUGGCAAGCAUCAUCACAAGAAGAAGCACAAAAAGGGCCACAAAGAGUUGGAAUAUCAUAAGAAAUUCAAUAAGGAUGAGUAUAAGAAGGAAAAGAAAUUCUACGAUGAUGAGCAUAAAGCCGGACAUCAUAAGAAAUACGGUAAGGAUCACAAGCAUGAUGAAGCAGAGGAGGGUGGCCACAAGAAGGGCGAACACUAUGAAGCGGGCAAGAAGAAAGGACACAAGCAGCACAAAGAACACUAUCAAAAGGGCCACAAAGAUGAGGAUGAGAAGAAAUACAAGAAGAAGCAUAAGCAUGGCGAACAUCAUGAGGAGCAUGAGGAGUAUGGUAAAAAGGGGGAGAAGAAGGAGAAACAUAAGGAGGGUCACAAGAAGGAAAGUAAGAAGGAAAAGGAGAAGAAGAGUAAAAAGGAGGAGGAAAGCAAGAAUUGA